AUUGGAGAUCCCACCAGCAAACUGUCAUUAUAUCCGACUCAUCCAAUGGGACUGAUUAUCUUUGCAAAUGAUUUGCCAUCAGACAAGUAGUAGAAUACCAUCCGAUGGUGUCACUUUUGUGAUUGCUGGUGGUCACCUUCCAUUCUCCGCCUAAUUUUAUCCAGGACCGACUAGUAUAAAAGAGGAGGGUGCUUUUCUACUCUCCUUCAGACGACAAGGCAUAGCUACGAGAAAGAAAGUCUCGUUGAAGAGAGGCAGAGGAAGCUCCCACCCACCCAGAGGGGGCUAAGAGGCAGCAUGGAGUGUGCAGGGGAAGAUGAUGGCACAGGGAGUGGAAGCAGGAGGAGGAGCAGGAGCAUGAGCAUGGGCGGAUCAGAUGCAACGUCGACCAUGAGCGACGGCGGCACCACGGCGGUCAAGCAGCACCAGGCUCUGAGGCUCGUGGAGGACCUCUCCCUCCCUUCGGUGCAGGUGGUGGUGAUGAGCGCCAACAUGGGCUGCUCCCACUGCCGACAGCGGGUCACCAAGGUCGUCACCAAGAUGAACGCAGGGCUGCUGGAUUACAUGGUGGAUUUCGGGAAGAAGGAGGUGACGGUGAGGGGCACGGUAAUUCACACCAAGAAGAAGAAGAGGAAGAAGCAGCAGCAGUACAUGAUCGCUGGGCUGGAGAAGGUGCCGCCUGCUGCUAACGUGGGCGCCAGGACGCUCUCCUGGUUUUUGGGAUGCUACGGUUCAUAGCUAGUAGUACGUACAAAGCAUAGUAGUAUACUGUUAUGUACUAGUUACUCUUUCUUCUUUAUAAUUUUCCCAUGGAAAUAAUGUUUGCUGGUAGAGUGGUAGUGGUAACUAUUGUGUAUAUCAUGUCCUAUAAUCUCAUAUUUGCAAACUGCAAGGUGCUAGAGCACACAUUGCAGGCUUCCAGUACAAUUUUUGUAUGUGGGCCUUCUCUGCAAGUAUGAAAUGGAACAAUGGGGAUUAAGUUAGA